UGUCUACAGGGAGGACUUCUCCAGCUUCUCCAGCUCCUACCUUGGAUUUUGCACUCAAGCCCAGCUCCCAUCACAGUGUUACUCCAACAGGGAAAGUCCAAGAUACAACAGAUAAGAUGUCCCUGCAACCAUCCAAACAGAUGAGGCAAGAGCUGAAGGAACCCCUGCAGACAAGAGAAGAGAUGGACAUAGAGCUUCAGUGGAAGGUGGCAAUUCCUGAAGGAAGCACUCCAUCUUCAAUGCGAGCCCCUGCUGCAGGAAGGAAGGCGAUGCCAGACACGGGCACAGGCACAGCAGACUGGGAUGCUGGGACGGUUCCUCCAUUAGCCUGGCGCUCUGAAGUUGUGAAGCCCUCUGGGCAUUCUGCAGCCGUGUCUGCAGGGACAACUCCACCAACUCCUACCUUGGAUGCUGCACAUAAGCCCAGCUCCCAUGGCAGGGGUCCUCCACCAGAAGAGAUCAAAGACAUGGCAGAAAAGAAAUUCCUGGACCCAUUAGAAAUCAUGUGGCAAAUGCUGAAGGAACGUCUGCAGAGAAGGCAAGAAAUCAAAGGAGAGCCUGAGGAGAAAGAAGCAUUUCCCGGAGGAAGCAGGGGCUCCAUGCCAGCCUCUGCUACAGGAAGGGAGGCCAUGCCAGGCACAGGCACAGGAGAUGAGGUUGCUGGGAAGGCUUCUCCAUCAGCUUGGAUGAAUAAAGUUUUGAAGCCCUUGGAGCCUCCUGCAGGUAUGUUCUCGGUGUGUCACCAAGGAAGAAUUGUAGACAAGCGGGCAGGAAGCAGGUGA